AUGAUUAAUCGAGACACUGGAUUCUAGGAUUUGGAAAGUGGAAUUCAGAGCAAUAACAUCUCAUCUGGGCAAUUGGUUGAUAUCGAUUAGGCUAGUCCUAUUGGAGGUUAGCAAUUAGAUCCAACACUUGAGUUUUCUUAAUUGUAGUAACUAGAAGCUGUGAGGAUGAAGAGGGACAUAUUUGAUAACAGUCACAAGAAUGCCAUAAAUCUAGGCCACAAGGCUGAUGUGAAUGAGGAGGACUGUCUAAUGAGUAAUUUAAGUGGUAAAAGGAGCGAACCUUAAGGUUCUAUAAGUUCAAUAAGUUGCAAUUUGAAAUCCUAAUAACCUCUAUUAAGAAAGACUACAAUAAUUAAAUCUAACAAAACUAUUUAAAAUUAAUAAAAAUUCGAAUAAGAUGACUUUGUGAUAUCAUCUCCACUUUAGAUCAAUGGUACAAUCAAUUUGGGAUUGAAAUCCGAUGCUAAGAUAGCAAAAUAUUAGACGUUUGUGUAAUAGAUAGAAGAUGAGCAGGAGCAGAACGAAAGAACAAAGCGAGCAUAAGUUCACAGAGACACUAUAAAAUAGCAAUCAUUGAUAUAGAGAGGCAGAAGCAAAGAGAUGAAAACAGGUUUAAAUGAAGUCUGGACUUAAAAAGCCUUAAUAAUUAUUAGAUUGGUUUCUCGAUUUAUACAACAAUUAAAAACAAAGACAGAAAGAAUAAAGUUCAGAUUAAUUACUAAAAGAAUUUUUGAGGUAAUUUGCGAUAACAGUGCAAAUUUCGAAUAUAUGUUAAUAAAUAGAUUAAUUAAAUAAAAACCUAGUAUCAGUUUAAUUAUUUUUGACUAAAUUUAAAAUAAAGCUCUUAAGCUUCUAAAUUGGAUAGAAUUAAUAAAUGCAUUCAUUGGAAAAUAUGUGAAAGUAAUAAAACCUGAUAGUUUAUUCAAAAUAAUAUGGGAUAUAGUAUUACUGCUAUUUAUUGUGGUGAACAUCUUCUACAUACCCAUCUACAUUAGUUUCGAUGUGAGAUCAUAAGGAGUUUUCGAAUGGAUUUUUGAUUUAUUGCCCUCAUGGGUAUUUGUUGCUGAGAUAUUGUUGAAUUUCAAUACUGCCUAUUACGAUAAAGGGUUGAUGCAUGAAGAUCGCAAGUAGAUAAUGAAGCAUUAUGUGAAGGGGAACUUUUUCUGGGAUUUAAUAGUCAUAAUUCCAUUUUUAAUUUCAAACAUGGAUAUCCCAUUCGUUAGAUAUACAUUGUUAUUGAGAUUAACGAGAUUGACUCCAUUAAUGACAAGUAUCGAAGAAGUAUUAAAUUUGGAAGAUAACAUGUAAGUCUUUUUGGAUUUGUUAAAAUUGAUAUUCUUCCUCUUGCUCACAGGACACUUUUGUGGAUGUGCAUGGCAUUGGGUUGCAGUGAUAGAAUAUGAAAAUUAUAAUUAGGAAUAAACUUGGUUGACUAAAUAUGAUCCUAAUGCUAUGGAUUACUAUUGGUUUGAUAGAUACAUCAUUUCUUUGUAUUGGAGUGUUAUCACAACCGUUACCGUAGGAUAUGGUGAUAUUGUUCCAGUUACAACAGUGGAGAGAGUGUUUGUGAUAGUUGUUACUUUGUUGAUUUGUGGUGUUUUUGGUUAUUGUUUAUCCAACAUUGGAAACAUCUUUAAAUAAAUAUCUGAUAAAAAGGCUAUUUACAAAUAGAGAAUUAGGGAAAUCAAUCAACAUAUUAGAAAGAGAGGGUUGAGUUACAAUUUGCAAUUAAAGGUUAAAAAAUAUUUCGAGUAUUUCUUCAAGGUUAAGUAAGAGGAAGAUCAACAUGCCGAAUAAUUCAUUGAGUAAUUAACAAAACAUUUAAGAGAAGAGGUUCUGGUUGAUAUUUACAGUAAAACAUUGACUCAAUCACGUUUCUUGAGAGAGAACUUUAGUGAUGAAACUAUCCAUAGGUUGUGUUAGGUAGUUAAAGAAACCAAAUUAUAUCCUGAAUAAUUACUAUUCUAGAGGAACGAUUCUCCAAAAGCACUUUGGUUUGUUUUAUCCGGUGCGGUGGAAUAUGUUGCUGACCAUUAAAAUGAGGAUGAACACUUUUACACUGAAACCUUCUUGAAGAAGAUAACUCAAGGAGCUGUCAUUGGAGAACGAGAAUUCAUUUCGCAAACACCCUAUGAAUACAAUGCCAGAGCAACCAAAUUUACUCAAUUAUUAGUUGUGGAUUAUUAGCAAUUCUAUCUAAUUCUAUAAGAGAACAACGAGGAAUUCGAGAAGUACUGUUUGGCUAAAGACAAUCUAUUAUUUAAUUCCAAUUACAAGGGUUUUGGUUAGAUCUGCGAAAUAUGCGGAUGGACUCAUCGAUUUAUUUAAUGCCCAUUCGUAUUUCUGUAACCGAACAAAAAUAAAAUCGCCAGUUCUUUUGCUUAAACGAAAACUAAUAAACGAUUGGUAUUUCCUUAUAGGACAUUGCCGAAAUCGAAUUGGAAAAAUAAUCUCCCUGAUGUCUAAGAAGCAGCAUUGGGAUAUAUAGUCUUGAACAAUAUAAUACCGGAAAGAGAAAUAAAUGAUACUUAUCUGAUUAAUCUCGGUUUUGAGUUGAAUGAUAGGGAGGAUGAACUAUAGAAGUUGGUUGGAAAUAAGAAGAAUUCCUUAUUCAAAGAUUAGAAAAUAUUGUCCUAAUUUGAAAACAAUCUUUAAUAGCCAGUUCCAUAACCUUCAAUAUAGACUGUGUUACCUGCUGACCAAAAGUCCUAAAAUCAAACAGCAAUCUUUCUCAAAGAUGGUCAACGGCCUAGUAUGACAAAUGAAAGCGUCUUAGAUUGGGAUCAGGGCAGUCAAUUUAGAAGGAGUCUUAAUAGAAUAAAACUGCAAGGCUUAGAUAGAGGCAAGACUCUCCAAUCAUUGAAAGGGAAAUAUCAUCAAAAUAACAAUGGGCCAGUUGAUCUCUUGGAUGAAUCUUUGAUUCAAGAGGAAGAUAAAAUUAAAAAUGCCAAUGCAGGAUCACAAAAUUAUAUACAUAGCAAACUGAAGGUAGUCAAAAGCAAACUCAAUAACAAUCCAAACAUAGGAAUCAGAAAAGUAUCAUGGCUAGAAUUUGAUAGUGGCACUAAUUAGCAUCUAGAUAAUAAAGCGAACCAUUUAUUAAAGCAAGUUAGUAAGGGAAGUGAGACUAAUUUCGAUCAAUCACCUCCCUCUUAUUCAUAGGAAAUUGAAAUCAAACAAAGAAUAGAGGCAAGGGAAAAUAGUAUCAUUUCCAAGAAAACCAGCAAUAUUGAAGUCACUCGUAGGAAGAAAAGGAGAAAAACCACAUAGUUAUUAUAGUUCUUCCAACAAUCGGAAGUUGAUAAUAAAUCAAAUAAGAAAGCAGAAAAAAGUGUUCUAAACAAUGAAGCCUAUAGUUCUAGUGUGUAUACGGCUGGAGUACCUAGUAAUUCAGCUCUGGUUGAUUCCAACAACAAAUAUGAUAACAAUGGAGAUAGCAAUAGUGUGCAUGUGGGCUAAUCAAUGGAUGGAAUUUAGAAGAGAAUACAAGACAUAGUUCGAGUCCACUUUGAAAUGGAUAUGGACAAUGCCAAGUCGUCGAAAUUCUAUUUUCCUGAUUUCAACCUUGAAAUUGUAAUAGAUAGGAUUAAUAUUUAUUAUGAAAAAUAAAACGAAAAAAGACAGGAAUUUGAUAUGAGAGAAAUGAAAAGAACUAAAACCAAUUUCACUCUCUUUGAUCGUAUCAGAUAGGCCAAGAAUACUACUAUUAGGGGAAGCUUCGUUGAAAAAGAUAAUUGAGCAUAUGAUUGAUAUUAAAAUAUCACUUUUUUUACAUUAUUGUAUUU